UUAACUAGAACUUUUUAGAAAUUUAAAAGACAUUUUUUCAUCUAUAUUGGAUACUUAUUUCAUUUUUCAAAAAAGUGGCUGUGAUUAGUCUUACGUCAUUAAUCGCUUCCAGAGCGAUUAACUCAGGCCGUUCGAAAACGCUAUUAUAUUAAAUUGAACUAUAAUUUAACCCUUAAACCUCACACGGGUGCAAAUUUGCACCAACAAAAAUAUCAAUCUUGGACAAGUUUCUAUCUGCACACAUCCUAACACUGCACAUCUCUUUCAACUGUCUCUUAAAAAUUUAAAAUUUUUAAGUAAUGUUUAUUAAAUAUUAACAAAAUAUUUGUUCAAACUUUUUUUUAAUAAAAAUGGGAACUUAUUGUUUUUUUCGCAUUUUUUUUUUAAUAUAAAAAAUAUUUUACAACACUAGAUUUAUGGGAUGUAUCAUUUUGACGCGUUUCAAAUUUUACUUAUGCUGACUUUUAUUUAACGAAACAAGUAUAUAUCGAAAUUCAUUUUCUUCAAAGCUUUCUAUAAAAUAAAUUGUUUUUUAAAGAAAAUGUGCGGUAUUGUUCACGCGUUAAAUUGACGCGUAUCCAUAGAGAUAGGUGAAGUCCGUAAAUCUAGUGUUAAAUAUUUUACUGAUUGGGUGGUGGUGGCUUUAGUUAAAAAAAACUUGGUUAUCGAUGUUGAGAAAAAAUAAUCGAACAUUAAUUAAUUAAAAAUAAAGAAACGAAUACGUUAUAUUCUUAAAGAACUCAUUAUGACCAGCUCGCAAAAUGCUCAUUUAAAUGGCGCAUAAAAUCACAAUAAGAGUACCUUACACCUCUUUUGGAAAAUUGAGGGACUCAUAAAAAUUUAUCUAAUUCAUAACGAGUUAAAAUAAAAUCGGAUGAAAACAUUAAUUAAUGGAGAAAACACUAUCGGUUAUUUUAAUUGAUCGAUGAACAUCAGCUACCCGGCCCACUCCUAUUCUAUGACGUGCACACGGUGCAUGAGCAUACAAGCGCUUUAGUGUUCUUGUGUUUCUUACUUUUUGUUUCUAUAGCUUUUUUUGAGUCGUGUAAAUCAGGAUGAUCGAGAAAAAAAAUAGCAAUGAGGUUACGAAACAGUUUCAGAUUAACAAGUCUAUUAGAAGGUGCAACAAAAAAACUAUGGCAGAUUAUGUAUUGGAAAAUAUAAAGUCGGCGGACGUGCCGAUACCAGACGACGGCUUGUCGGCUGCACAACUAUUCACCGCGGGUGAUGGCCUCACUUACAAUGAUUUUAUUAUAUUGCCGGGAUACAUCGACUUCACCGCAGACGAAGUUGAUUUGUUGUCACCGUUAACCAGAAAAAUUAUGCUAAAGGCACCGCUCGUGUCCUCACCUAUGGACACCGUUACUGAAUCUGAUAUGGCUAUAGCUAUGGCCCUGUCCGGUGGGAUCGGUAUCAUUCAUAAUAAUUGUACCCCCGAAUAUCAAGCUAACGAGGUGCACAAGGUAAAAAAAUAUAAACAUGGUUUUAUUAGGGAUCCAAUUGUGUUGGCUCCACAUCAUACAGUUAACGAUGUUUUAAACGUUAAGACUGAACACGGUUUUAGCGGAGUACCGAUCACAGACACGGGCAAAGUCGGCGGUAAACUGCUAGGCAUUGUAACUUCUAGAGAUAUCGACUUUCUCGAACGUUUGCCCGAUUAUCAACGCAAGACACUUAGCUCCAUAAUGACAACCCUGGAAGAUCUCAUCACCGCAUCAGCUAGUGUAACGUUGCAAGAGGCAAAUGUAAUAUUAGAGAAGUCGAAAAAAGGAAAGCUUCCCAUCGUCAACGAACGGGGUGAGCUGGUAUCCUUGAUGGCAAGAACUGAUUUGAAGAAGAACCGUAGCUAUCCGAAUGCCAGCAAGGACGAGAAUAAGCAGCUGUUGGUGGGAGCUGCAAUAGGAACGCGAGAAAUGGACAAACAUCGAUUGGAAUUGCUCAUAGCGGCUGGCGUGGACGUGGUGGUGUUGGAUUCGUCCCAGGGCAAUUCGAAAUAUCAGAUCGAUAUGAUCAAAUACAUCAAAUCUCAAUAUCCGAAUUUACAAAUUAUCGCCGGUAACGUCGUCACGGCGAUGCAAGCCAAAAAUCUUAUAGAAGCGGGAGCUGAUGCGUUACGCGUCGGAAUGGGCUGUGGAUCUAUCUGCAUCACGCAGGAAGUAAUGGCAACAGGACGACCGCAAGCGACAGCCGUUUACAAAGUUUCCGAAUACGCUAGAAAAUUUAGAAUACCCGUCAUAGCGGACGGUGGUAUUCAAUCUAUUGGUCAUAUUAUCAAAGGACUCAGUUUAGGUGCUAGUACAGUUAUGAUGGGUUCCCUCUUGGCUGGAACAUCCGAGGCUCCAGGCGAGUAUUUCUUUAGAGAUGGAGUCCGACUCAAAAAGUAUAGAGGAAUGGGUUCAUUAGAAGCCAUGGACAGGAAAGACUCCAAAGGUUCAGCGAUGAAUAGAUAUUUUCAUAAUGAAAUGGAUAAGCUGAAAGUAGCACAAGGUGUUAGCGGCUCUAUAGUGGAUAAGGGUUCAGUGCUUAAGUUUCUGCCUUAUUUAACUUGUGGGAUCAAACACGGUUGCCAAGAUAUCGGAGCGAAGUCGCUUACCAUUCUACGAUCUAUGCUGUACAGCGGAGAAUUAAGAUUUGAAAGAAGAACGCAUGCAGCUCAACAGGAGGGCAACGUACAUAAUUUAUUUUCUUACGAAAAGAGACUCUAUUAAUUAUGAUUAAUAACUCAUAAAGCACGUGUCACGCAAAAAAGUGCCUGCAUUUAAUCAGUGUAACAAAAUGUAUAUUUAAAAAAUAAACAUUUUUUUUAAUUUUAUAACGAAAUAAAAAAA